AUGUCAAACAACGAAUUAGAUUCUUCUAUUGGUAGUACAUUAGUAACACGAGUAACAGAUAAUACAGAUGUACCAAUUCGUAGUUUAUAUGCAAUUCAACCUAUAGUUUUAAUAUUUUUUCGUCGUUUUGGUUGUCAAUUAUGUCGUUCUUAUGCAUUAAAAUUAAGUAAUGAAUUACAUUCAAUAUUAAAAAAAAAUAAUAUUGGUUUUAUUGGUAUUGGUCUUGAAAAAUUUGGUUUAGAAGAAUUUCAAGCUGGAAAUUAUUUUUCUGGUGAUCUUUAUAUUGAUCAAGGAAAAAAAGCCUAUCAAAUAUUAGAUUUACCUUAUUUAGGUUGGAUUAAAGGUAUAACAACUUUAUUUACAAGAUCAACAAAAUUAUGGAAUGAUGAAACAAACAAAAUGGGUGUUCAAGGAAAUUUAAAAGGUGAUGGAUUUCAAUUAGGUGCUACAUAUGUUGUUGGACCAAAAGAUGGAAAAAUUUGGUUAGCUCAUCCUCAAAAAGAUUAUGGUGAUCAUCCAUCAAUCGAUUCAAUUGUUAAAGUUCUUCGAGAUAAUAUACCUGAAUUUCGUGAAUAA